CCUCUGUAUUCCUGGGAUUCCACAGAGGAACUUCAGGAGAUCCCUCAGGAUGAAGAUAUGAUCAAAGUUCUAGUCAAAGAUGAAGCAGAAGAGACGGAUGAGAGCAAUGAUGAGUUCUGUAAGGAGGAGGAAAUCCCUCCAGAGGUCAGCACAGAUGGACAAUACCAAAGGGAUGACUCAAGUCAGUGCUCCAAAAAAGAUGAAGCAGAGGAUAACCAUAUUACAUCUAACCGACCUUCAGAAAAAAAUCCUGUUAAUCCAACUUCUCACACAAAAUGUCUUCCUGAUCAGUCACCUAAAAUGUUUCCCUGUUCUGAGUGUGGGAAAGGUUUUACCUCGAGAGACAAACUCGUCGUACACCAGAGAUCUCACCCAGAUGAGAAGCCGUAUUCCUGUUUGGAGUGCGGGAAGACCUUUAGGCAGAAGUCAAAGUUCGCUAAACACCAGAGGUAUCACAGAUCUCAGAAGGCCCUUCCCUGUCCUGAAUGCGGAAAAUGUUUUAGUCAAAAGUCGCUCCUUGAGAUACACGAAAGAGUUCACACGGGGGAGAAGCCUUUUUCCUGCUCAGAGUGUGGGAAGCGUUUUUCCCAAAGUGGAAGUCUUAUUGCACACCAGAGGAUUCACACCUCUGUCAGGCCGUACGUGUGUUCUGAGUGCGGGAAAUGUUUUACCCAGAGGCAACAACUCACGUUACAUCAGAGAACGCACACGGCGGAGAAACCAUUUUUCUGUACCGAAUGCGGGAGGAGUUUUAGCCAAAGAGUAACUCUUAUGUUACAUCAGAGGACUCACACCGGUGAGAGGCCAUUCUCAUGUUCAGAGUGUGGGAAGAGCUUCACCAAAAGGCCAAGUCUGGUUGCACACCAAAUAAUUCACCUGAGCGAUCGCCCAUUUUCCUGUUCUGAGUGUGGGAAAUCUUUUACCCGGAAAGGAAGCCUCACCACACACCAGAGAUCACACACGGGAGAGAAGCCAUUCUCGUGUUCGGCAUGUGGGAAAAGGUUUACAAGAAAAACAUCUCUUACAUCACAUAUGAGUUUCCACAAGGGGCAAGAGGUUCUUGGUUCAGCAUGUGGCAGCUAA